GCGAUACAGUCGUAUGCCACGUCAAAGACAUCGCUACGAAAGCACAAUGCUCUACACUACUCUAGUCAUCAUCCUAGUCAUCGGCGCGGCUGUGGGCGUGCCCGAAGCCACCCGGAAUGAUCAGGUCACCCACGACCGCCCCGACCAGCUCGAGGCCAUACAAGACCCCGCACCAGAUGACGUGGUGCAAAUGGAGAAGAGAUCUCCCCACUAUGACUUCGGGUUGGGCAAACGCGCCUACAGCUACGUCUCAGAGUACAAGAGACUGCCUGUCUAUAACUUUGGAUUGGGGAAAAGAUCACGUCCGUACUCUUUCGGUCUAGGCAAGCGUUCCAUCGACGUGGACCAAACUGAAGAGUUUCCCAACGAAAUGGACCAGGGGUCUUACGACGUAUUCGACCAGUACGAUGAUACACCAGCUUAUGAAGUAAAGCGAGCCCGCCCCUACAGUUUCGGUCUUGGCAAGAGGUUAUCACAGGACGAGGACCCCGAGGAGAAACGCGCAAGGACCUACGAUUUCGGCCUCGGCAAGCGACCGCAUAUGUACAAUUUCGGUCUCGGCAAACGCGCUAGAAACUACAACUUUGGUCUUGGGAAACGCCUUGUAAGCAAAUUCAAUUUCGGCCUUGGAAAACGGCAGAGGGACCUGCACAGGUUCAGUUUCGGCUUGGGCAAGAGGUCCGUGGAUAUGACAUACGACGAAAACGACAACUAUCUCGAUGUUUAGAUUAUUUACGGAAUUCCGAUGAGAACUUGUGUGGGAUACGACGAUUAUGUAUAAUGUGAAUUGUUAAUAUUUUAAGUUUGUCUAUGGUUUUGUUUAAAUCUAAGAUUAUAAUAAAAUUAAUUCAUACCUACUCCGAAAUUUAUCUUCAUCUUUAUAUUUAAAUGGGAAAAUGACGUCUUGUUUAACUCGCAUUUAAAAUAGGGAAAAAAUAUAAAGUUUCUUUUAUGUAUACGUAUAAUCUGGCGAGGAUUUCAUUCCACGUAAGUUUUCAUUCUUGUCACUGUUUCUAGUCAGAAUUUUUUUGGUAUUUAUUUCAUG